AAUGAAUUUUCUAGUUUGAUGAAUCAGUGAAAAAUCGCGUUUUUUGUAAAUAUAUCGAGUCAGUGACCAAAUUUUUGUUCUAAAAGAUCUCUUGAUAUUUUAAUGAACUAAUUGCUUUAGCAGUAUGGCUGCUUCGCACAUAAAAUGUGCAUGCUGUACAGCUCUUGUAAAAGAAGAAAUAGAUUUACAAUUAAAAAAAUGCGAAUCGUCGCAAGAAGAAAAAAACUCAACUGAGCGAAAUGAUAUAAUAAAUAAUAGGGCGCAAAAAGUAAUCAGUAAUUACAAAGAGAAUUCUGAAGUUACAAAACGUAUCACAAGAAGUGCCACAGCGGAUGUCCCGAUUCUUCCCGGUAAAAGAAAAAGAAACGAUGAUAAAAUAUCAGUUUGUGAUAUUCAGUGGCAAAACCAAAAUACAGGCCAAACACAAGUAUCCUACUACAUCAUCAAACCGAUCACAGAUCCGGUGCAAGUAGUACCUAUCGUUAAGGAAGGAGCAAAUGAUACAAAAACUCAAACUAAGUACCUGUGUACGCAUGUCGAAACAAAAUUAGUGGACAAGCAACCUGUUCCUUAUACUCCAAAAAAAGUCCCGUAAGUAGU